UGGACAGGUACAAUCCUAGAUAGGAACCUUUUACGGAGGAUGUACAGUUUAGGUGUGUACGAGUUUGUGUGGGAGCCCUUUGGACUUUAGAGAACCCCUUUUGGCCCUGUGUGACUGUUUUGGCUGAUAAGGUGAACCAUGUGCUCAGGUAGCUUUGCCAAGUCCCUGGGCAUCACCUUGAUCCCCCUGGCCAUCUUGUGUGUGCUCAGUAACAUCCUGCUCUUCUUCCCUGGGGGGCUGGUCAUUGACGACAAUGACCAUAUCACUAAAGAGGUGUGGUACUUUGGGGGCAUCAUGGGAUCUGGGGUUCUGAUGACCCUCCCAGCACUGGUCUUCCUAGGACUCAAAAACAAUGACUGCUGCGGUUGCUGUGGCAACGAGAGUUGUGGAAAGAGAUUUGCGAUGUUCACCUCGAUCAUCUUUGCUGCGGUGGGGGUUCUGGGGGCUGGCUACUCCAUCAUUGUGUCUGCUGUUGCCAUUCAUAAUGGACCAAUGUGCCUCUAUACCAAUGGUACAACAGAGUUAUGGACCAACCCCUUUGUUGACGGUGACUACCUGAAUAACCACACCCUGUGGAAGGACUGUACAGCACCUGAGGGCAUUGUGACCUGGCACCUGACCUUGUUUUCCAUGCUGCUGGUGAUGGGCCUGCUGCAGGCUGUACUCUGUGCCAUCCAGGUCAUCAACGGACUCAUCGGUGCCAUCUGUGGAGACUGCUGUGGCCGCUGUGGGAGUACUGAUGGUGCAGUCUAAGGAUGUUUGAGCCUCUCAGAAGACUUGUUAUAACUGGCUUUCUAUGAACAAUUUCCUACCUACCUAACUUGAUGGCCUUUUGCUAUAUAGAAAAUAUUAGAUUUAUUUAAAUGAAGAUAAUACUUUUAACAUAAUCAAUAUGUUUAAAACAUGAGAGCAGUUUUUACAAGUUAAAUUAGAAUUUCAUAUUAUGCACCAUAAAAGACAUGUCCAACAGAACACUUGGCAUCAAUUAAAUCUAUCAAAUAUGUAUCUUAUUUCAUUGAAAAUCAUUUUAGCUAUUUAAAAACAAAGAAAAAAAACUUCAUAAAAGUUUGACAGAGCGAGUGGACCACACCUGCGUUGGCCUUAUUUUAGUAGGCCUGUGGGUCUUAGUAGGCCAUUUGUUCUUAACUGACUUGCCUAAUUCAAUAAAGGUUCAAUAAAAUACAUUUAAAAAGUCGUCUUAUAACUUCAUUC